AUGAGCCUCGAGAAUUUGUCAAUUGAAAAUGGAAGGCUUUUGGACACUAUUCAUCAAACAGCCAAAAUUGGUGCAAAAGGAAUCUGGGGUUCUGAACCUACAGAGACUGGAGUCUGUCGUUUGAGUUUGAGCGACUUGGACAAAAGAGUGCGCCAGUGGUUUAUAUCUGAAGCCAAAUCAUUGGGAUGUGAAAUUAAAGUUGACAAAGUGGGUAACAUUUUUGCUAUCUAUUCAGGUAAGAAUAGAGGAGCUCCUUGUGCUAUUGGAUCGCAUUUGGACACACAGCCUACUGGUGGUAGAUAUGAUGGUGUUUUGGGUGUGCUCGCCGGAUUGGAAGUGCUUAGGACAAUGAAAGAUAAUAACUAUGUCCCAAACUACCCUAUUGCAGUUGUAGAUUGGACUAAUGAGGAAGGUGCAAGAUUUCCAAUGUCAAUGAUGGCUUCUUCUCUUUGGGCGGAAAAGGUACCAGAGGAACUUAUUAUGAAUUUGGAAUCCAUUACAGAUCAGAAACCUGUAACUGUCGAACAUGAAUUAAAACGAAUUGGCUUUUAUGGUGAGUUAGAAGCUUCUUACAAAAAGAAUCCUCUUGCCGCUCAUUUUGAGCUUCAUAUAGAACAAGGUCCGGUAUUAGAAAAUGAAGAAAAAAAAAUAGGUAUUGUUACCGGUGUCCAGGCUUAUGACUGGUAUAAAGUAACAAUUCAAGGUCGUGCUUCUCAUACAGGUACAACACCACUAAACGCAAGGUCAGAUGCAAUUUUCGCUGCAUCUCAGAUGAUAACUAAAUGCAGAGAAAUUGCUAUCAAGAACAAUGGCUUAGUUAGUGUUGGUGUAUUAGAAGUUGAACCAGGGGUUGUGAACGUUAUCCCCAAAAAGGUUUCCUUCACUUAUGAUGCCAGACAUAUCCAUGAUGAGGGAUUAUUGAAAAUUAAUGAAGACUUGGUUGCUGAGUUCAAAAAGAUCGCAGAUAAUUCAAAUGGUAAUUCGUCUACAGAAACUUUGAAAUUAGAAUUCGAGCACAUGUUCAAUUCAAAAGCAGUUCAUUUUCAUGAAACUUGCAUUAAUUGUGUGAGAAAUGCGUCUGUUGAAUUGUUUGGAAGUGACCAGGUUAAAGAGAUUGUUAGUGGAGCUGGGCAUGAUUCUUGUCCGAUAAGUAUUAGAUGUCCAACUUCUAUGAUUUUCAUUCCUUCUCGAAAUGGUAUCAGUCACAAUCCUGAGGAGUUUUCAACACCUGAACAGAUUAAUGAAGGGUUUGAGGUUUUAUUAAGAGCAGUUUUGAGUUAUGACAAGUCAAGAAAAAACUAA